AGUUAGAAGUUGUUCAGUAGUUCGGCUGCUUUCGUGCUUAAUUCACAUACAAAAUUAAAGUGAUAUAUCAUAGGGACAGUCUAUCCCUUUUAGAUUAAAAAAAAAUAUAAACUCAACUGUGACAUUAAUUUUAAAAGUGUAAAUAAGGCGAACGGUGAAGGAAUAUGGCUCUCGAUCUAAAAAUUGCGAUUAUUGGCCAGAGCAAUUUUGCGGCCGAUGUACUGGAACUUGUUUUGGAACGGUCAAAUAUUAAAGUCGUUGGGGUCUUCACCAUUCUCGAUAAGGGAAGUCGCGAGGAUAUUUUGGCAACGACAGCAGCGAAUCAUAAUAUACCCGUCUUCAAAUUCUCUGGCUGGCGUCGAAAGGGAAUCGCGAUUCCCGAGGUUAUCGAACAGUACAAAUCAGUUGGAGCCACACUCAAUGUUCUGCCGUACUGCUCACAGUUUAUACCCAUGGAAGUGAUUGAUGGUGCUCCCUUAGGAAGUAUUUGCUAUCAUCCAUCUAUUUUGCCUAGACACCGUGGUGCCAGUGCAAUUUCCUGGACUCUUAUCGAGGGUGAUGAAAUCGCGGGCUUUAGCAUCUUCUGGGCUGAUGAUGGACUCGAUACUGGACCACUACUCCUAACUCGACAGACCAAUCUAGAACCCACUGACACUUUGGACACCAUCUAUAAGAGAUUCUUAUACCCAGAGGGUGUUAAGGCCAUGGGACUUGCUGUUGAUAUGGUAGCGAAUGGAACAGCUCCAAAGAUCAUCCAAACGAGUGAAGGUGCCACCUAUGAUGCAGCCAUGUUCAAGGCGGAUAAUCAAUUGCUGAAUCUUCAGCAACCGGCGGAACGUAUUUGGAACUUUGUAAGAGGCCUGGACUCUGUGCCUGGAGCCAUUGCCACAGUCUUUUUACCAGAUGGGCAAGAGGAACAGGUGCGAUUUUUCGGUGCUCAUCUGUACUCUGCUGGACCCGUUAAGGAUGGACAUCCUCUCAAGCUGAAGGGUCUGUCUAAGCCCGCAUGGGUGCAUGAGGGAGGACUCCUGAUCGAAGGCACAGACGGAGCCUUUGUCAAUAUCAAGCGGAUCAAGCGAGGCUCUAAGAUGAUCAAUGCCUCCGAUUGGUUCAAGCAGGCGGAUCAGAAGCCCAUUACAGAUUUAACAGAAGAUGAACUGGCCAAGAAGACUCAGCUAGUUUCCAUUUGGCAGGCCAUCCUUAAAGAACCAAUCGAAGACUCCACAGAUUUCUUUGCUGCAGGCGCGGGAUCAAUGGAUGUUGUUCGUUUGGUUGAGGAAGUCAAGGAUGCAUUCGAUGUUCCUCUGGAAAAUGAGCACGUCUUCAUGGCCCCAGUCUUCGAGGAGUUCUUCGACCUUCUCGUCAGAACUUUGCGUCAGGGAACUGGCGACUCUGGAUCACUGAAGUUGGACUACGAAGGAUUCCUCCUCGAAGCCAACAAGCGAAAGAUAAACGUUCCGACUCAACUCUUCAUAAAUGGAGCCUUUGUUAAUGCCGAGAAGAAGAACACCCUGGACAUAGUUAAUCCCACGGAUGAGCAGGUUCUCUGUCAGGUUGCAUGUGCCAGCGCUGGAGAUGUGGACAAGGCUGUGCAGGCAGCCCACAAGGCUUUCUACGGCUCCUGGAAACAGGUUUCUGCCAGACAACGUGGACAGCUGAUGCUGAAGCUUGCUGAUCUCAUGGAGAAGCACAAGGAGGACUUGGCCACAAUCGAGUCUGUGGAUUCGGGAGCUGUUUACACCUUGGCACUGAAGACCCAUAUCGGAAUGUCCAUCGAUGCCUGGCGCUACUUUGCGGGUUGGUGCGAUAAGAUCCAGGGAAACACCAUCCCAGUAAGUCCUGCUAGACCCAACAAUGUGCUGACCUUCACAAGGAAGGAGCCCAUUGGAGUGUGUGGCCUGGUGACUCCUUGGAACUAUCCUUUGAUGAUGCUCUCCUGGAAGAUGGCUGCCUGCAUCGCUGCAGGCAACACUUGCCUCAUAAAACCGGCUCAAACAUGCCCCUUGACGGCCUUGAAGUUCGCUGAGUUGACAGUUUUGGCAGGAUUCCCUCCAGGAGUCAUAAAUGUGCUCCCAGGAAAGGGAUCCGAAGCUGGCCAGGCAAUAGCUGAUCAUCACUUGGUACGAAAACUUGGCUUCACUGGCUCCACACCCAUCGGUAAGCACAUCAUGAAAUCCUGCGCUGGAUCGAACAUCAAGAAAGUAUCUCUGGAGUUGGGAGGAAAGAGUCCAUUGAUAAUUUUUGCGGACUGUGAUCUCGACAAGGCUGUCAAACAUGGAAUGUCGUCGGUCUUCUUCAACAAGGGUGAAAACUGUAUAGCAGCUGGUCGUCUCUUCGUUGAGGAUCGCAUUCACGAUGAGUUUGUACGUCGGGUUCUCAAGGAUCUCCGCACUAUGACAAUUGGUGAUCCACUUAACCGAUCCACAGCUCAUGGACCGCAGAAUCAUAAGGCGCACUUUGAUAAGCUGUUGGAGUUCUGUCAACGGGGUGUGGAUGACGGUGCCACCCUAGUCUAUGGGGGUUGUCGUGUACCUAAUAUGAAGGGUUACUUCUUUAUGCCCACGGUGUUUACCGAUGUCGAGGAUGAUAUGUUCAUUGCACGGGAAGAAUCGUUCGGACCCAUCAUGAUAAUCUCAAAAUUCAAUGGCAGCGAUGUAGAUUCUGUUAUGGUUCGUGCCAAUCGAACGGAGUACGGACUUGCCAGUGGGGUCUUCACUAAGGACAUUAGCAAGGCCUUGAGCUUCGCCGAUCGCAUUGAAGCUGGCACGGUAUUUGUUAAUGUGUACAAUAAAACAGAUGUCGCCGCACCAUUUGGUGGAUUCAAACAGAGUGGCUAUGGCAAAGAUUUGGGCCAGGAGGCACUCAACGAAUAUCUGAAGACCAAGUGUGUAACCAUUGAAUAUUAAGUAGGAUGUUCAUAGAAAUAGAAAAGAAAAGACUAAAUGCUUAUGUAAUUUACAUUUAUAAUAAUUCUCAAUAAGUCUAGGAAUUCCAUGUACCAUAUAUCUAUUAAUAUAAAGCUAUUCGUCCUGUACAUUUACUA